UGGAGCUUCAUGGAAAACAGCUAGAGAUUGAACAUUCAGUACCUAAAAAGCAAAGGAGCCGGAAAAUUCAAAUCCGAAACAUCCCACCCCAGCUGCGAUGGGAGGUUCUGGAUGGUUUGCUAGCCCAGUAUGGCACCGUAGAAAACUGCGAGCAAGUGAACACGGACAGCGAGACCGCCGUUGUCAACGUCACCUACGCCAACCGGGAGCAGACCAGGCAAGCCAUCAUGAAGCUGAACGGGCACCAGCUGGAGAACCACGCGCUGAAGGUCUCCUACAUCCCCGACGAGCAGUCCAUGCAAGGGCCGGAGAACGGGCGGCGGGGCGGCUUUGGGGCGCGCGGUGCUCCCAGGCAGGGCUCCCCCGUCACCGCGGGGGCACCGGUCAAGCAGCAGCCAGUGGAUAUCCCCCUCCGCCUCCUGGUGCCCACCCAGUACGUGGGUGCCAUCAUCGGCAAGGAAGGGGCCACCAUCAGGAACAUCACCAAGCAGACGCAGUCCAAGAUUGACGUGCACCGGAAAGAAAAUGCGGGAGCCGCAGAAAAAGCCAUCAGCAUCCACUCCACCCCCGAGGGCUGCUCCGCCGCCUGCAAGAUGAUUUUGGAGAUCAUGCAGAAGGAGGCGAAGGACACCAAGACAGCUGAUGAAGUGCCCCUGAAAAUCUUGGCCCAUAACAACUUUGUGGGGCGCCUGAUCGGCAAAGAAGGGCGAAACUUGAAGAAAGUGGAGCAGGACACGGAGACAAAAAUCACCAUCUCGUCCUUGCAGGACCUGACUCUGUACAACCCCGAAAGGACCAUCACGGUGAAGGGCUCCAUCGAGAACUGCUGCAAAGCGGAGCAGGAGAUCAUGAAGAAAGUGAGGGAAGCCUACGAGAACGACGUGGCCGCCAUGAGCUUGCAAUCUCACCUCAUCCCUGGCCUUAACCUGGCUGCGGUUGGCCUCUUCCCUGCCUCCUCCAACGCAGUACCUCCUCCGCCGAGCAGCGUCUCCGGGGCCGCGCCGUACAGCUCCUUCAUGCCUCCGGAGCAGGAGACCGUGCACGUCUUCAUCCCCGCGCAGGCGGUCGGCGCCAUCAUCGGCAAGAAGGGCCAGCACAUCAAGCAGCUCUCCCGGUUCGCAAGUGCCUCUAUCAAGAUUGCCCCUCCGGAAACGCCGGACUCCAAAGUGCGCAUGGUCGUCAUCACGGGCCCUCCAGAAGCUCAGUUCAAGGCGCAAGGCAGGAUUUACGGGAAGCUGAAGGAGGAGAACUUCUUUGGACCGAAGGAAGAAGUGAAGCUGGAGACGCACAUCCGGGUCCCCGCCUCAGCCGCGGGCAGGGUCAUCGGCAAAGGGGGCAAAACCGUCAACGAGCUGCAGAACCUGACGGCGGCGGAGGUGGUGGUGCCGCGGGACCAGACCCCCGACGAGAACGAACAGGUCAUCGUGAAGAUCAUCGGGCACUUCUAUGCCAGCCAGAUGGCUCAGCGCAAGAUCCGAGACAUCCUGGCCCAGGUGAAGCAGCAGCACCAGAAGGGACAGAGCGGCCAGACGCAAGCACGGAGGAAAUAAGAGCAGCACCGACACCAACGUGAAAAGCGGAACAAGCCAAUGCCGGGCUUAAGAGUGGCUGGGAAUCAGUUACCGUAGACAGAUGCUAAUUUUUUCAUUAACCGAUCGAGACUAAAAGGCAGUUUGAUUGGCUUCCGAGGUAGAUGGCUAGGGUUAAAAA